AUAUUUGAAGAAACAGAGCAUUUAUGAACCACAGACCAAAAAGAUAAGAUCCUUUAUAAUUCUCAAUUCCUCAUAAUCUAUAACCAAACGGAAUUGGUGUACACGAAGAUGGGUCCUCCUCUCUGGCUUCUCCUUCAUCUCUUUCUCAUCGUAUUCUCUGCAACUGGAGAGGAUAUCGGUGACAGUACAAGCAUAGUCUUUACCACUCUAGGGAGAGCGACCUACGCCUUUGACAUCUUCAGCCUCCCAACAUCUUACCCACCAGAGCAUAACGAUGAAAUUAGGCUCACUGAUGGUCAAUCCGUGAAUUUCAAUGGGUAUUUUCCCUUUCCCUCUUCUUCAAUCCUAUCUCUGCUCCUCCCUGAUCAAACUCUCACUCUAGAUCCAACUCUUUCGCCUCCUGUGCAACUUCUCGUCUAUGUCACAGAGAGAUUUGGCAUCUCCAACAUCUAUCUUGAUGCCCAUUUCAACGACGAUUCCAUCGACUUCAACCCAUCAACAAGAAGAUCAGCUCUUGAAAGCCCAUCUCGUAUUAGGGUUCCUCUGUUAAACCCAAAACAAAGUGAUGACAAGAUCUCCAUGAAAGACCGACCUUCUGUUGCAGGAGAGCAUCUUAUCUAUGUAUCUACCCAUGAAAAUCCUGGGGUACCCCGAACAAGCUGGGAUGCUGUGUACUCGACCAAUAUAAUAACAGGUGAGACUCGCAGGUUAACCCCUUACAGAAUCGCCGAUUUCAGCCCUUCUGUGUCUCCAUCUAGGGUUUGGACCGCUGUAGCUUCAUCUGGUGAGAAGGGUUGGAACGGUGAGAUUGAAGAACUCAACACGGAUAUUUAUAUCUUCAGAACCCAAGAUGGGUCUGAGAGGAUUAAAUUGGUCGAUCAUGGAGGUUGGCCUUGUUGGGUCGAUGAUUUCACUCUGUAUUUCCAUCGCAGAAGCGAAGAUGGAUGGUGGAGCGUUUACAGAGCGAGUCUUCCUCGUUCUCAAAGGAUACGAGCCGAAUCAGUUGCAAUUGAACGACUCACUCCGCCGGGUCUCCACGCGUUCACUCCAGCUGCUUCACCGAGUAACAAGAGCUUCAUCGCUGUUGCAACCAGGAGACCCACUUCAGAUUUCCGCCAUAUCGAGCUCUUCGACCUUGGACGCAACGAGUUCAGGGAGUUAUCUCGGCGAGUCUCACCCAAAACCCACCAUUACAACCCGUUCUUCUCCCCUGAUUCGACUCGUGUUGGGUAUCACAGAUGCAGAGGAAGCAUCAAUGGAGGAGCAAGUGGAAGUGGUCCUCUUAUGCUUGAGAAUCUCGAGAGUCCAUUAAAAGAUCUCUCUCUGUUCAGGAUCGAUGGGUCUUUCCCUUCUUUCUCCCCCGACGGAGAACGAAUUGCUUACGUGGGUUUCCCGGGCGUUUACGUUGUGAAUCGUGACGGUACCGGAAAGAGGCAAGUCUUCCCCGGCACUGCCUUCUCUACUGCCUGGGACUGGAAGAGAAGUGGGGUUAUCUACACCAGCGUUGGGCCUACUUUUGCUGAAGAAAGCACAGGCGUUGAUAUAGUAUCUAUCUCCAUUGAUGAGGAUGAAGAUGAUCAAACCGGUUAUGUCCCUUACAAGAAGAUGACGAUUGGUGGCAAAAACAAUGCUUUCCCUUCAGCAUCACCGGAUGGGAAGUGGGUCGCAUUCCGGUCCGGCCGGUCGGGCCAUAAGAACCUAUAUGUGAUGGAUGCUUUAGAGGGAGAGAAAGGUGGGCUCCGCAGGCUUACAGAGGGGCCAUGGACGGAUACGAUGUGCAAUUGGUCUCCAGAUGGCGAGUGGAUCGCUUUUGCCUCAGACCGGCAUAACCCGGGUGGAGGAAGUUUCGCUAUUUACUUCAUUCACCCGAACGGAACAGGGCUUAAGAAGGUGGUUCAUAGUAGUGACGCUGGUCGAACCAAUCAUCCCUGGUUCAGCCCGGAUGGGAAGAGCAUUGUGUUUACAUCAGACUAUGCUGCCGUUUCAGGAGAGCCAAUAGCAAAUCCUCAUCACUAUCAGCCUUAUGGGGAUAUUUUCACAGCUAAGGUAGACGGGUCGGAUCUCCGGAGGCUAACCCAUAACACGUAUGAAGAUGGUACACCUGCAUGGGGGCCCAUAUUCAUCAGGCCUGUCGACGUGGUUGAGUCACCAUAUAGUAUGCCUCGGUGCUCGUUUGAUGAUUGUCAUUGGCUGGGACAGGCUAAUAGUAAUGAGGUUGGGAUCAUGGGAUCACAUCCCGGGUCUCAACCAAGUGGUCCAGGCCCGGAUGUGAUCAAGUGUUGAAAAUCUGGCGUUAGCAGAGGAAGAUAUCUUAUGUGAUGAGGGAUUGUAUAGUAGGUAUGGGAAUGCAUAACGUUGUACUAUUGCCCUUUUUUUUCUUUUGUUCCUUUUCCUUUUUAAAUAUAUGAAUGUAAUAUAGUAUCAUAUGAUAA